AUAUAGAUCUGAAAAAAGAAAUCAAAAUCCCCAACUUUUCUCAAUUCCAUUUCCCGCUACCCUCGUUCUGUCGACGCUAGCACCACUUCCGACGACGCCAUUUCUGCCCACGGCACCACUGCCGACGCCAAUACUGUUGUCGACGCCGAGGUAAAAGAAAAAUAAAAUGGAUACCGACAAAGUAAAAACUUCCUUUUCUAAUAUAGCUUUUGGCAAUGUAAUGGCAGCCGCUGCUCGCGAUUACGAGAAGGAAUUGCUUGCUCAAGAGAAGAAACAAGCUUCGAGUUCUAUCAAUGAAGAGGUUGACCUUGAUGAGUUGAUGGAUGAUCCUGAGCUCGAAAAACUGCAUGCUGACAGGAUUGCAGCACUCAAGAAAGAAGUUGAAAAGCGAGAAGCGCUGAAGAAGCAAGGGCAUGGAGAAUACAGGGAGGUAACGGAAGGGGAUUUCCUGGGUGAAGUCACUGGCAGUGAGCAUGUUAUUUGCCAUUUCUUCCAUAAGGAGUUCUAUCGAUGCAAAAUAAUGGAUAAGCAUAUGAAGGCUCUUUCACUAAGACAUCUCGAUACCAAGUUCAUCAAGUUGGAUGCUGAGAACGCACCCUUCUUCAUUAGUAAGCUUGGCGUCAAAACGUUGCCUUGUGUCAUAUUGUUCAGGAAAGGGAUUGCAUUUGAUCGCCUUGUUGGGUUUCAAGAUUUGGGAGCAAAAGAUGAUUUUGCCACAAAAACUCUUGAGAAUCUUCUGAUAAAGAAAGGUAUAAUUAGCGAGAAGAAAGAUAUUGAAGAGAAUGAUUAUGAUGAACAUAAGCGCAGGAGUGUUAGAGCUUCUGUGAAUGUGGACUCGGAUUCUGAGUGAAAAAAACUGUAAAAGAAGCUUCAGAUUUAAGCGUGGAUUGUGUUUCUUUCAAACAUGUUAUAUGAUGAUCUUUCCCGCCACUUUUUGUUUUGUGAACUCAAAUCCUAUGGUAGCUCAAAAGACAUUGUAGUCACCUCUCUUCUUGGUGGAAAAUCUGCAAAUAUAAAUUUCAAUGUGUUGCUCAA